AUGCUAAUUUCUCCAUCACAUCUUCGUCUACUGACCAAAUAUCAGCAUGGAACCACUCGCUGCGAUGGCCAAACAGCUGGCAGCCGCAUCAACCAAGCCGCUGAAUCGUUCACAUCCGUCAAGAAGGAACUCGCAGAGACCAAAGCCGCUCUCGCCCAGACCAAAAAGAAAGCCUUGAAGGACAGCAUUGCAUCGAUCAAGCAGCGCGAAGAAAACAUCAGACAAGCCACUGAGAUCAUCUCUUUGCUAAACGAGAUCCACAAUGAGACUUGGAAGCGUAUGUUCAGGCACAGCAUCACGAUUGACACCACCUACGGCGACGCCAUGUACAGUGCUAGGUACCACAGCACUACUGAGCUCGAAAAUAAUACCUUCCGUUGGACAACUGAGAAUCGAGAGGCUGCCAUCGAGCUCAACGAGCUGCUGCUGCAACUCGAUAAGAUCAAUCCAAUUACCGAGGCAGAGCCUGAGAGUGCCUGA